GUUAACCGAGCAAGACGUGCGUUCUAAGAAAACAACUGAUCACACUUCGUACGUUAAUUGAGAGGACAAUUUGUGUUAUUUAAGCUUAAAUAUUUAAUACCUAUUUCAUAAUAUUGACAGAAUAAUAAUGAACAUUAUCAUAUUUUUUUUCAAGAGGACAUUCUAUUAAAUAUCUGUCUGUUAUUGAUCUAAAAUAAUUUUGGAACAUACAUUCUAAAAACGAAAGGAGAAUUUUAAAAUCGAAAGAACAAGUAUUUGAAGCACUAAUUUCAUAAUGGCGACAGGAAAACUACGUGAAUCAAACCGGGACAAUGCAGGCGAUUUCAUUGGAGAAUGUUCUGUCACACAAUCUUGUGUGCCAUGUAUGAAAACCAACGUAUCAAAAACUGCUACGGUUUUCUGCAAUGAUUGUAAUGAGUUCUUGUGUGAUGCGUGCAAAAAUCCACACACUGUUUAUGCACCUGGCAGGCACGACAUUGUCAAUAUCCAGGAAAGGCAGACUGGACCGGUAAGAGUCGAUAUGAAAGGAAUGGACAUAUGUCCGGAGCACGGCAAGGAAAUAGAGUUUUUCUGUCAGGAUCAUUCCAAGCUCUGCUGCCGUAACUGUUUGCUAAUUCACCGGAAUUGCGAACACGUUGAUGAAAUAGCUAAAGUAUCCGGACAAGAACGACUGGAGCUGCAAGCAUUACAACAAUCAAUGAUAAAACUUAAGUCCGAGGCUGACGCUAUUAUAGAAACUGGUUUGAAUGAGUCGAUUGCGAAGAUUUCUUCAGAUGUUGAUAAAAUAAGAGAUCGUAUCAUACAACUAUUUGAAGAAGCAAAACAGAAAUUUAUAACUGAUGCAAAAACAAUCAAAAGUGAAGACACCAAACGCAUUGGAAAUAAGAGUGACGCCUCUUUCAGAGUUAAAGAAGAAAUAAAUGAAGUCUUGCCAAUGUGGUGCGCUCUUCUAGAACACGGUACGCGCAGUCAACAGUACAUUUAUUCCAAAAUUAUUAACGAGAAGCACAAAACAUGGAAGUCAAAUAUCAAUAAACACAGAACUCUAAAUAUUCCAUCAACAGUGAAAGUGUGUAUUUCAAGAGAGUUGUCAACACUGCUAAGAUGGGAAACGAUUUUAUUAAACAAAAUUGCAAUGACAGCAAGCCAGGUUGUCUAUCAUCCCGGUCAAGGCCAGUAACACUGGAGCUUCUUGUGUCCGUGGAUCUACCAAAGACACGAGAUGAUAAGAAAGAACCGUUCCUCACUGGGCUGGACUUCCUGCCGGAUGGGAGACUGGCAGCUGUGGAUAACAAGCAUGAGCAAUUAAUAAUACUGAAUGAGCGGCUGCAGAGACUCGGAACACCGUAUAAGUUUAAGACACCCCCAAAAGACGUGGUAUAUCUUCCUAAUAAUAGACUUGCUGUUGCGUGUAGGAAAAUUGUCUGUUUUCUGUUUGUGACUUCUGACAAUGUCAUAGUGUUGACAAAGGAGAUCAAUACUACGUCUUCUUUCCUCUGUAUAGACUAUAUGUCUCCAUCCAACAUGGUUGUGAGUACGUACGAUGAUCCCCGCCCUGUCAGAAUGAUAACCGUGGGUGGUGUGGAGUCUGACUUUAAUCAAGUAAGGUUUCCCAAUAAGACGUACAAAACAGAUGAGAGUAUGUGCACGUAUGUCCAGUCUAAGAACACAUUGGUCCUUACUGACAGGUAUGCUCACAUCGUAUACAUGUACGAUACCGUGAAAGGCACGUCUAUUGCAGUCACUGAUGAGAAUAUACAGGAACCACGUGGUGCCUGUGUAGGGCCUGAUGACACGGUGCUGUUGUGCAGUCAAAAAAACAACUCCAUCGUGCACCUGACAAUUGACGGUAAAAUACUGGGUACCUACCCAGUGGAUAUGAAGGGUCCGUACAGCAUAUGUGUGUCUAAGGAUGGCUCUAAGCUGGCGGUAUCCAACAGCGUUGUAGGCAACAGAAAACUUCAGUUGUUUAAGAUAGCAGCAGCACACAGUUAGGUGACCAACCAGUUGUUUUAAAUGUGGUCGUAUUCAUCAUAUAUGUAUUAUAUGUGUGUAUUCAUGUGUUAUCAAAAAUUGAUAUUUUUAAUAUGAAUAAAAACAAGUUGUUUCCUUAAGUAUUAACAUUAAUAAAUGAAAACACUGUAUUUCGAGUUUUGUGAAAUUAAAGUUCUUGUAUUUGACUGAAAUCUAGAAAUAAAUAUACCGAUAUGUAGUGUAGUACUACAACCAUUUACAGAUUUAUUGAUCGUCUUUGGUAAAAACAGUUUUAUUCUCAUUUUCUGUUUUAUCUGUUCGGUUAUAUUAUGUAUAAUACUACGCAAUAAAUUAAAUAUAUUUUGUCAAUGUUAAGCUCCUUUUUAUGUUGCGUCAUGAUACCUCGUAAAAAUUUAGAAUGUGUGCGUGCUUACAUUUAUCACAUGCUUUAAGUGUAAUAUACAUAUCUACAAA